CGCCCAGCUCGCUGACAACGUGCUGCGAUUCGCAGCGCUCGGCGGCGAUGUGGCGAACGUUACGGCCGUGACGACGACGUCGACGAUGGCGACGUCCAGCGAGCUGGCGGACUUUUACAAUGACUCGAUGUUCAACGGGACGACGCAGGAACAGUUCAACUUCACCGUGCAGCCACCGGACCUGACGAGCGGGCGCGCAUGGUGGGCGGUGAUCCUCAUCGUAUUUCCGCUGCUGACAAUGUUUGGCAACACGCUCGUCGUGCUGAGCGUUUACAAGGAACGCAGCCUGCAGUCGGUAACCAACUACUUCAUCGUUUCGCUGGCCGUUGCUGACAUCAUGGUCGGCACGCUCGUCAUGCCGUUUGCAGUCUACAACGAGAUCAAGAUGGGCAUCUGGGAGCUGGGCGUUGCUGCGUGCGACAUUUAUACUGCGAUGGACGUAACAGCUAGCACGUCUUCGAUUUUCAACCUAGCGGCGAUCAGCGUAGACAGGUAUACAUCGAGCUCAUCGCUGUCACGCAGCGAUCAAUAUGCAAAGCAUAACAACAAAUGUCGAGGCCGCGGGCCACCGCCGCCAUCGGGCAUCCGAUAG